GCUCUCCCUGGCGCGCCGGGCCGGUGGGGGCGGGUCACGCAGAUCGCGCGGCCGGGAGCUGGUAGCUGGCGGCUGCGGCGGCGGAGCUGCGGGGCCGGGAGCCGGCGCGGGGCUCUGGGGAAGCGAAGCGCCGCGCAGUGCUGAGCCCGCCGCCCGCCGGGAGCCAUGGAAAUCGGCACCGAGAUCAGCCGCAAGAUCCGGAGUGCCAUUAAGGGGAAAUUGCAAGAAUUAGGAGCUUAUGUUGAUGAAGAACUUCCUGAUUACAUUAUGGUGAUGGUGGCCAACAAGAAAAGUCAGGACCAAAUGACAGAGGACCUGUCCCUGUUUCUAGGGAACAACACAAUUCGAUUCACCGUAUGGCUUCAUGGUGUGUUAGAUAAACUUCGCUCUGUUACAACUGACCCUUCCAGUCUUAAGUCUUCUGAUACUAACAUCUUUGAUAAUAACGUGUCUUCAAACAAGAGCUGUUUCAGUCGGGGAGAUGAGAGAAGGCAUGAAGCUGCAGUGCCACCUCUUGCGGUUGCUAGCACUAGACCUGAAAAAAGAGAUUCCAGGGUUUCUACUAGUUCACAGGAGCAAAAAACCACUACUGUCAGACAGACUUAUGAUGAUGGAGCUGCAACCCGAUUAAUGUCAACUGUGAAGCCUCUGAGGGAGCCAGCACCCUCUGAAGAUGUGAUUGAUAUUAAGCCAGAACCAGAUGAUCUCAUUGAUGAAGACCUCAAUUUUGUGCAGGAGAAUCCUUUAUCUCAGAAAAAACCUACAGUGACACUUGCAUAUGGUUCUUCUCGCCCUUCUAUUGAAAUUUAUCGACCACCUGCAAGUCGAAAUGCAGAUAGUGGUGCUCAUUUAAACAGGUUGCAAUUUCAGCAGCAGCCAAACAGUAUUCAUGCUGCCAAGCAACCUGAUAUACAGAACAGCCGGGUAUAUGAAACAGGACGUUUGUGUGAACCAGAAAUGCUUAACAGCUUGGAAGAGACUUACAGUCCUUUUUUCAGAAACAACUCAGAAAAAAUGAGUAUUGAGGAAGAAAACUUUCGGAAGAGAAAGUUGCCUGUGGUAAGUUCAGUUGUUAAAGUAAAAAAAUUCAAUCAUGAUGGAGAAGAGGAGGAGGAAGAUGAUGACUGUGGGUCUCGUACAGGAAGCAUCUCCAGCAGUGUGUCAGUGCCAGCAAAGCCUGAAAGGAGACCUUCACUUCCACCUUCUAAACAAGCUAAUAAGAAUCUAAUUUUGAAGGCUAUAUCUGAAGCUCAAGAAUCUGUAACAAAAACAACUAACUAUUCUACAGUCUCACAGAAACAGACACUUCCAGUUGCUCCCAGAACUCGAACUUCUCAAGAAGAAUUGCUGGCAGAAAUGGUCCAGGGGCAAAGCAGGACCCCCAGAAUAAGUACCCCCAUUAAAGAAGAGGAAACAAAGGGAGAUAAUAUAGAAAAAAGCCAAGGAACUCAGCAGAGGCAGUUGUUAUCCCGACUGCAAAUUGACCCAGUAAUGGCAGAAACUCUACAGAUCGGUCAAGAUUACUAUGACAUGGAAUCCAUGGUCCAUGCAGACACGAGAUCAUUUAUUCUGAAGAAGCCAAAGCUGUCUGAGGAAGUAGUAGUGGCACCAAACCAAGAGUCGGGGAUGAAGACUGCAGAUACCCUUCGGGUACUUUCAGGACACCUUAUGCAGACACGAGAUCUUGUACAACCAGAUAAACCUGCAAGUCCCAAGUUUAUAGUGACGCUGGAUGGUGUCCCCAGCCCCCCAGGAUACAUGUCAGAUCAAGAGGAGGACAUGUGCUUUGAAGGAGUGAAACCUGUAAACCAAACUGCAGCCUCAAACAAGGGACUCAGAGGUCUCCUCCACCCACAGCACUUGCAGUUGAUGAGCAGGCAGCUCGAUGACCCAAAUGGUAGCUUUCCAAAUGCGGAGAUGAGUGAACUGAGUGUGGUCCAGAAACCAGAAAAACUUUUGGAGCGUUGCAAGUACUGGCCUGCCUGUAAAAACGGGGAUGAGUGUGCGUACCAUCAUCCUGUUUCACCUUGCAAAGCCUUCCCCAAUUGUAAAUUUGCUGAAAAAUGUUUGUUUGUUCAUCCAAAUUGUAAAUAUGAUGCAAAAUGUACUAAACCAGAUUGUCCCUUCACUCAUAUGAGUAGAAGAAUUCCAGUACUGCCUCCAAAACCAGCAGUUGCAACACCAGCCUCACCUUCUAGUAGUCAGCUGUGCCGUUAUUUCCCUGCUUGUAAGAAAAUGGAGUGUCCCUUCUAUCAUCCAAAACACUGCAGAUUUAACACUCAGUGUACAAGACCUGACUGCACAUUUUAUCAUCCCACCAUUACUGUGCCACCACGACAUGCCUUGAAAUGGAUUCGACCUCAGACCAGUGAAUGACAGUCCUACUUGGCAGAAGAUUGUGGAGUUUCCAUCUACUGGCAAAAAUAUUCUGCAGAACUUGUCAAACCUUUGAAACUUGGAAUAUAUUGGUUUCAUAAUACGAAGUUUAUUGCCUAUCUGAAGUGUCUAAUUUUUCAAGUUUGUAAGUUUAUUAAGUGGUUUUAACAUUGGGUAUUUUUUGUUGCUUGACUAUGAAAAGACCGUUUAAGGAAAAGCUAAAUUCUAUUAAAGCAUUUGAGGCGUGUUUGUACACUGAUGUUUCAGGUUAGUGUCAGUACUGGGGCUUCAGUGAAAGUUGGGUUUUGUUCACUUUUCCCAAGGAUUAAACAGAAGACUGGCCAAAAGUGUGGAGACAGCUUAAAAUAGUCCUUCAGUCCUGCUUUUAAAUGAAUUUAGUUUGGCUUCUUGGGUUGAGUGCUGCUGUAGUUAUACUAACGGUUCUUACCUUCUGGGAUAGGGUGGGUCGGGUAGAAACAGAAUGGCAAAUGCAAAAAAAGAUGAACAGUUCCUUAAAAUGCUUUCAUUUACUAUGAACAUACACUUUUUAAAUAAAUAUUUUGGGGCUGCAUUAUCACAAAAUUAUACAAAAAUUUUUUUACAAUACUAUAUACAGAAGGUAUCAGAAAACAAACUUCAAACUCACAAGAUUAUAACUACAUACAUUAACAUUUUCAGAAAUAACUCCACAAAAAAUUUUUUAAAUGUAAAAAUUAGAUUUAAAUAGUAUAUUUUAAAUGACUAAUUACAGAAACCAGAUGGGUAAACUGCAAAACAGGACUAACCUCUCGGACUACUGAAUCCGUACACAAGCUUCUGUGUGUGGUUUUUGAAAUAGUUAAGGCAAGAAGUGUCAGAUGCUUUAGAAUUAAAUAACCAACGGAUCACUGAUCUUAAAGACUUGAUGUACAGCAAUUUUUAAAAAAAUAGACUCACACAUUCUCAGGACCAAAUUAACUGUAAAAAAAAAAAAAGUUCAUUGACUAGUUAUAUACCCGAGGGAUAACAGAAUGUGUAAAAGUCCAUGUUUAAGAGCAUAAAACCAGCAGUCGUUCUGUGGCCAUUGCUUUUCCACUGGGAGAAGAAAGAAUUAACCAGUUAUUAAACCAGCUGUAAGUUGCACUUUGCUGUGCCGAUUCCUAAGAAAAACCUUGAAACCGUGGAAGAGGAAAGACCGUGCCCAGGAUGGCACAGAGCUCUCACCGAGUUAGGCUGGGGUGACAAGACUCCUGAAUUUAAGGCGUUUGCUCAUUCCAGUGCUACUUAGAUUUUUUCUGCAAAGAUGUAAAGCAUCUUAAGUUGUAUUUCUAGAAAUCUAAACAGACUUUUAGUAUCACGAUUUAUAAAUGGCAUUCAGAAUUCCACUACAAAGAACAUAAAUGGGAAACGGGGCCUAAGUGGUUUGGUUCAGGCAUUUCACAAGUCAAGAAAACACUGCCUGGAAACCCCUUUAAGGGUUUAAUGUUACCUUCCAGCUGCUGUGUUUUACAGGCAAGCUAAGGUUGACUCUAGACCAAGUUACCCAACAAAUGUUUAAAAUGAACCACCAUCAAAAAGCAUCACAACAAGGGAGGGAAUCAGGUGGCUAGUGGCGGGGGCGGCAGAUGCAGUGUGCUCGGGCGUGCGCUUAUGUACGGAAACGGGACUGAAGGGGCCAGAAAGGUCAGGUGACAAAUUGAGGAGCUUAGUCAAAUACUGCACACAAAAGUAAUUUUCUGGGUUAAAAAAAUAAACACAGGGCAGAAUCUUCAUAACCUGUGUGGUUAUUCAGUUGAUGGCUGGAAUACACAAGGUGGUGGUGGGAGAACUAAAAUCAACAUGAGUUUUAGUCAUGAAACUGACAACAGUCAUUAAAGCUGGCUUAUCAGGCUGGCCACUCGGGGGAACAAAAAUGCAGCGGAGGCAUUUUUGUCCUAAGUCUUUUACCUAAGGUUAUAAUUAGCGUUUCUACAUGUACUGUAAUAGAAAUGGAAUUUCUCUUUAGUCAAAAGCUGGGAAGCUUUGGCUCAGAAGGAAAAUUUGAACAGGCUCAAAGAUGGAGGGGGCGAGUGGGGGGGUGGUUCAGGGGAAUUUCUUUAAUUUAUUGAAUGGCUCUUUAUAAUAAUAUACAUGGACAGAAAUUUAAUAUUAGUAUAUUCUAAAAUUGGGCUUAAUUUAGGAGAAUCCAUUGAUGUGAAUAUGAUCUUAUGUUUCAAGCUUCUUAAUGCCUUAAUCAGUCCUUGAGACACAGCUACUGUUCAGAGCUUUAAAACUGACCAUGUUCAAUCACUGGUUAGGCUUUUUGUGAUACAGUUCCGCCUACAGUUCUGUUUUCAGUAUUUACAAGGUGUUGGGCAUACAAAAUAGGUAUCCGGAAUCUUCAUGUCUGGUCAAACCAGACUGAGAUUUCCAGAAACCUGAAGGGGUCUAUUACGCUACAAAGAUAAUUAACACAUUAAAAUAAAAUUCAUAGGACCAAUAGAGCAUCUUAAACUUUUUCACACUUAGAAAAAUAUAUUUUUAAAUAGCAAUCUACAUAAUCUCCCAUCUUCAGGAAACUACGGACAGGCUAAACAAAUUCCUGAACGGCAAGUACUGAUCUUUGGCAGCAUUAAAGUGAAUAGGGAUAAAUAUCUAAGAGUUAAGCCCUAAUCCACCAAAAAGGAAUUUUAAUGGACAAGUUUUACAAGUGGACCUGUAUUCAUUCCUUUUGGAGGUCAGCCUAUGGGGUGGCAUACAUCUAAUAAAUUUUUCCAGUAGAGAAAAAAGCUAUAAAAAUUUUAUUUCAAGAGCUUACUAAAUUGUUUGACUUUGUAAAUGUGACCUUGAACACUUCAGUCUACAUAUUAAACAAGUGUUUCUAUUAUACUACAUCUUUAAAUAUUCGGUAUGCUCUCCCAGUUAACUACUACUGCUGUCUAGAACUUUAACCUG